CAAACAUCCAACACAUUCAAUAACACUGCCAACCAGCAAACAUCAAACACAUUCAAUAACUCUGCCCAACAGCAAACAUCCAACACAUUCAAUAACACUGCCCAACAGCAAACAUCCAACAUAUUCAAUAACACUGCCCAACAGCAAACAUCCAACACAUUCAAUAACACUGCCAAGCAGCAAACAUCAAACACAUUCAAUAACACUGCCAAGCAGCAAACAUCCAACCCAUUCAAUAACACUGCCCAACAGCAAACAUCCAACAAGUUCAAUAACACUGCCCAACAGCAAACAUCCAACACUUUCAAUAACACUGCCCACCAGCAAACAUCCAACACAUUCAAUAACACUGCCCAACAGCAAACAUCAAACAUCCAACCCAUUCAAUAA